UUCGUUUUCGGGUCUAGUUUCGUUUCUCUGUAAGCGCUGUCCUCCAGAUCAGCAAGAAUGAUAUUUCUCUGUAUAUGCUGCGGUAAUAUCAAACACGGUUCAUAAUGCUAAAGACAGCAAUGUUUCGCGGGGGACAGCUGUGUUCGCGUGUGUUCGCGGUGGAGUUUGACUUACGCACUGAACCUCUUUAUUUCACGCUGAGCUCAAACCCACAAGUGCUUCAUCAUGCUCAUCAGCAGCUUUUUGGAGAUGAAGGGAAACUCUUCUCGCUACAUGUCCACUGUGACAACAGAACUGAGAAAGCGCGAACGCACGCCGAAAUAAAACACAAGCUGUCCGUCACUCUGUCGCGCGAUUGCGAUGUUUUUGAAGCGUCUUCUUUCAUACCGGACGUCAAAAAUAGCGUCGUUAAGGGAUUUUUUAUAAGAGACAAAUCCACUACAACCCUUUCAGAGGACAUGCUAAAGACGUUGCAGCAGAGUAAAUCAGUGUGUGUGUUUUCAUACAAGCGCGAGGGUCAGUACUGCUGGCAGGAGCUGUGGUCACCUGUCAAUCAAGUGGAGGAGUCAGUGAGGCAAUACAUCACACCUGCAGCAGCAGCAGAGCAUCACCCAUCCACACUGAACAUCAGGAACUCUGAUGUCUUCUACUGCAUGAAGGAAGCCUAUGAGGUUCUUCAGGAGUGCACUGAUAUUAUCCCUGAGUCAAAGGAAGUGCUGAAGCUUGUAGACGAGCAGUUGGAGACAAGCAGGGGUGAUGGAUUUCCUGUCAUUGUGAUCGAGGGACUGGAUGCCACAGGUAAAACUACUCUCACAGAGGCCUUGCGGGAGUCUCUGAAUGCUACUCUGCUGAAAUCUCCUCCCCAGUGCCUGGCUCCUUUCAGACAGCGCUUUGACUCAGAACCACCCCUCAUCCGUAGGGCCUUUUACGCUCUGGGGAACUACAUCACUGCUGCCCACAUCGGGAAAGAGUCCUUGAGGGCUCCUGUCAUAGUGGACAGGUACUGGCACAGCACAGCAGCGUAUGCCAUUGCCACAGCAGUUGGUGGAAGAGUUGAAAACCUCCCAAAGCCAGGCUCAGAGCUCUACCAGUGGCCAGAAGACCUGCUCAAACCAAACCUGGUGCUGCUCCUCACUGUCAGUCCAGAAGAAAGACUGAGAAGACUCAGGGGCAGAGGACAGGACAAGACUGUUGAGGAGGCUGAACUAGAGAUCAAUCAGCUCUUCCGACUUAAAGUGGAGGAAGCUUACAAGAGAAUCCAGAAUCCUGCCUGCAUCAUUGUGGAUGCAAGCCCCUCUCCACAAGAAGUGCUGCAACAAGUGCAGCAUUUAAUUAGGAACAAAAUGUCACUUGUCACGCGACAAGACAAGAAGCCAUGCAAUCCCUCCACACACCACUAGAUGGUAGUGUAGUGUCACGAUUCCAGCCCCAAUCAACUAAAGCCAAUGUAAGAGCCCCAAGUCAGCUGAGCCUGGUGAUUGAAAGGGAGGCUGGUGGCUAACUGCCAGCAUAUCUGGACAUGUCACAACAUAUUCCCCUUCCCACAGAGCUUUAGUGAUGACAUGAGAGGGAAAGUUAUUGCGGGUGCUGUGGCUGGAAGUCAGCUCUCAUACGCAGGGUCACAGCAUCCACUUUCCUCACUCUGACUUAUUC